UAGGCUUCUCAACCCCGCCGGGGAGGCUCUCCAUGAUGGCUUUCAUCCUCAAUGCGCUCACCUGUGCUUUGGGCCUGCUCUACUUCAUCCGCCGAGGAAAACAGUGCCUGGAUUUCACAGUCACGGUUCACUUCUUCCACCUUCUGGGCUGCUGGAUUUAUAACUCACGCUUUCCCUCGACCCUGACGUGGUGGCUGGUGCACAUUGUCUGCACCGCGCUGAUGGCUGCGAUCGGGGAGUACCUCUGCAUGAGGAUAGAACUCAGAGAAAUCCCCCUCAAUUCUGCCCCCAAAUCCAAUGUAUAGACUCGCUCUGGCAACAACAUGCUGCAUUAUCUCAUUGUUUCCAGCACAAGAGCAUCUAAUGCCCAAGAAUCAUCACCGAAGAAGCACAGCAGGUCUGUUUAGACUUUUUUUUUUUUUCCUUUUUGGACCUUGGUGACUGCAUGAGCAUGAGCAUCUCCUCUGGCAUCAGCCGACAGCGAUGAAGGAGCAGAUGUUUAUUUUGUUACUGCAAAGCAUUAAUAUGACUGUAUGGCGAGCGUGCUCUUAAACACUUUGCUCAUGAGACUGUUAAAAGCCAGGUAGCAAAACUUGGAUGCGUGAGGCGCAUCUGGAAUUUUACAAACGUGGGAGUUCCCUGUGUGGGUAAUGCAAUGGUCAGCGCUUCUUGCGGCAGCUGGCACAGUGAGCAGUGGGGCUGGGAGCUGCUGCUUCCGAUCUGUAACUUGUUUGGGCUUUGGUUGGAAAAAGAAGUCAAGGAAGUGAAUGGAUGGGGAGAAAGAAAAUAGUUGUACUUACCUGAAUCACCAGCUGAGACACUAAAUAACCUAUAAUGCGAGAUGGGUUUGUUUGCUGUUUCCAUAUUUAAUACAUAGACAUGUCAGACAGCAGUUUGCUGCAGAAAUCUUUUGUAAUAAUAAAAACAUGAUGUUGCUGUGAGUGU